AUCAAAAGAAGUAUGGAGCAGCAGAAGUGGCACUUCUGUAAGACAUCACCACAAAAAACCUGUGGCCGAAAAGAAAGCAAGGUCGUAUGUCCCGCCACAAACACAGCAGGCUACCCCGCCACGAAGAUUAUCGUCCGUAUGUUCUGUCCCCCACUCCAAAUUUUGGACACACCUCCAAGACGUCAUCCACACUCCCCUCAUCUUGAUUCUUCAAGUCCUGGGAACAGCAUCCCUCCGCAACAACACCAACACAGUGACAUGGAGGAGACAAACAUCUUAGAAAUGCAGCCAUUAAGGCAAGGAAUGAGCCCCCCAGCACCUGUGAGUACACCACCACAGCAAAGCACACCACCACCACAACACAGCCCAACGACACCAGGAACACAAGGCCCUGAUCAGGUGUUUUGGACUAUUUGGGCUAGACAGCAGGCCACUAAUGAAGAUUGCCUGCGUAAGCAGACACAAAUGUUUGCAAGCCUACCAUCUCACCUCAGCAGAAUCUCCAGAAAUCUGAGUCGACAAAAUGAGCAAACAACCAGAAUAGGCAAUACCAUGGAACUCAUGCGUACAGACAUUACACAGGUCAUGGGCAACUUACAGCGCAUAAUGGAAGAACAGCACAGACUAAUGGAAGAACAGCACAGACUAAUGGAAGAACAGCACAGACAACAGCAAAGUUAUAUGAGCAUUUUUCAAAACAGUCAAAAGAUUAAUGAAAGCUUAUUCAGAAUAGUAGACAAUCAAAAUGCUGCUACACGUGAACUCAAUGCCACCCUCACUAACCUGAAUGAAACACUCAGAUGCAUGCACCAACAGCAAACAACCAGCAGUUCUGGUACGACUACUCCAAAUAUCACGCCAGUCUCAUCACCACCAAGACGGUCCACCAGAGCACGCCAACAUGACAGUGCUAAAGGCAAAGGGCAGGACAAUCAGCCACCAAAAAAAGUUACAAAAAAAAGUUAAGUUAGACAUUUGUGAUAAGUAAAGUUAGCAAGUGUUUUUGAUGCUUUACAAAAUAUCACACUUAGCUCCUUGCCCCUUUUUUAAACAUCAUUAAUUAUAAGUGCACCAAAUUAAUUGUUAAAAAUACUACGCACAUUUGAAAAAUGUUGAUGGAGCCACACAUACAUGUUAGGAAGUAAACUGACCACUUGAUUUUUUUAUAAUCAUUACUCUUUCUGGAUUCCAAUCAAUCUCUUUGCCUGCAGAUACAAUAAUUGCCAGCCAGGCAGAAUGUCUUUAGCAGGAAGUAAACUGACCACUUGAUUUUUUUCUAAUCAUUACUCUUUCUAGAUUCCAAUCAAUCUCUUUGCCUGCAGAUACAAUAAUUGCCAGCCAGGCAGAAUGUCUUUAGCAGGAAGUAAACUGACCACUUGAUUUUUUUCUAAUCAUUACUCUUUCUAGAUUCCAAUCAAUCUCUUUGCCUGCAGAUACAAUAAUUGCCAGCCAGGCAGAAUGUCUUUAGCAGGAAGUAAACUGACUACUUGAUUUUUUUCUAAUCAUUACUCUUUCUAGAUUCCAAUCAUUCUCUUUGCCUGCAGACAAUCCAAAUUACAAUGUUAGUGAUACAUAUCUUAGCUAUCUUAUCUAUACAACAUUACAAGAUUAACACAAUUGAGUGGCGUAAAAAGCUUGUAAUAUGUUGCCUUUGUUUUGUUUGGAAAACAUUGUCCAAAUGAAUGUCAGUAUUGUUGGGACAGGUUUGUGUGUGCUAAAAAUUAUGAAGCAUGUUUUUACACAUGAUGCUGAAACAAACAAAUAUGUACUUUUACAAAAAAAAAAAUCUGUUUAUAAUAAUGUAUAUGUGUGGAAAACUGUGUAUUUACUUACACAUCAUCAAGUUUACAGCAUCAAACAUUAGGAAAUAAAUUAGUCCUGAUUACA